UCAAAAUGUUGGCGAGCGAGUGGGGGAGGAAGAGGAUCGGAGAGAGCAUGGCGGCCGAACAUGCGGGCGGGGUCGGGUGGGCGCGUCUCUCGGCCUUCCACCCCUCGAUGCCUCCUCCUCCUCCAUGGAUGGCUUGCUCUUCUCCGAUCCUCCCGUAUCGCCACCCAUCCAAUCAUGCAUUAUUCACAUUCCUCCAUGGAUUAGUUGUUCCCGGCUUGCCGUGUUGAUCCGUCGCAAUCGCAACAGGAGCGAGGCAUGCCCAACAUGCUUGGCUCGUCGGCGUCCAGGCGGGAGGCCAGAAGCGGCGAGCUCCACAAGACCGCCACCAUGUCCCUCCGGGACGCCGCCGCCAAGAUCGUCGAGGCGCCCAAGGUCGCCACCAUGUCCCUCCGGGACGCCGCCACCAAGAUCGUCGAGGCGCCCAAGGCCGCCACCCCCAAGCCGUCAAACAACAUGGCCGCCGUCGUCAGGGAGGCCGCCGCCGCCGCCGUGCGCUACGAGGGCUGGAUGGUGCGCUACGGCCGCAGGAAGAUCGGCAGGUCCUUCUUCCACACGCGCUACUUCGUGCUCGACAGCAAGCUCCUCGCAUACUACAAGAAGAAACCAAAGGACAACAUGGUGCCGCUCAAGUCGCUGCUAAUAGACAGUAAUUGCAGGGUGGAGGAUAGAGGGCUCAAAACACAUCAUGGCCAAAUGAUAUAUGUCCUGUGCAUUUAUAACAAGAAAGAAAAGGAGCAUCAGAUAACGAUGGGUGCAUAUGAUAUUGAGGAUGCAAUGGCAUGGAAAAAGAAGAUAGAACUCAUCAUUGAUCAGCAACAGGACUCAAUGACAGCUAAAAACCGUAAGGCCUUUGCUUCUAUAGACUUUGACAUGGAACUCGGAGAGCAGUUUUCCUUUUCAGAUCAUGACAGUGCAGCAGAGGAUGAUGAGGAACGACCUAUUUUGACUCGCAGGACAACUAUAGGAAACGGCCCCCCUGAUUCAAUACAUGACUGGACCAAAGAGCCUGACAUUGGUCUGUUCAGUCAGAACAACCCCAAUCAUGUUCACUCCAAGAAGAACUGGCGACUACUUAGAUGCCAAAAUGGCAAGUCUGCAUUCCUCUCUUCCUUUUAGCAUUGGUUAAAUUUUCUCAUUGUUUUGGUACUGGCAGGGCUGCGCAUCUUCGAAGAACUUCUGGAAGUUGAUUACCUUGCAAGAAGCUGCAGCCGAGCUAUGAGGGCUGUUGGUGUAGUGGAGGCCACGUGUGAAGCCAUUUUUGGUCUGGUGAUGAGCAUGGAUGUAACGAGAUACGAGUGGGACUGUAGCUUUCGUCACGGUAGUUUAGUCGAAGAGAUUGAUGGUCACACCGCAAUACUAUAUCAUAGUUUGCAGCUGCACUGGUGUCCGAUGUUAGUUUGGCCUCGCGAUCUUUGUUAUGCUCGGUAUUGGCGUCGUAACGAUGAUGGAAGUUAUGUUGUGCUAUUCCGAUCGGUAGAACAUCCCAACUGCGGUCGGCAGCGAGGAUUCGUGAGGGCUUUCAUUGAAAGUGGAGGUUUCAAGAUUUCUCCCCUCAAGUGUCACAAUGGAAGACCCCGUACUCAGGUUCAACACCUUAUGCAGAUUGACCUGAAGGGAUGGUUCCUGAACUACUCUCUCUCCUUUCAGUAUCAUUCUUUGCUGCAGAUACUAAACUGUGUUGCAGGAUUGCGCGAAUAUUUUUCCCAAACAGAUGAAAUCCAUAUAACCCCAAGGAUUCCAGUAAUGGAAACCAUGUUUGAUGUGGAUUCAGAGCCAAAAGGUCAUAAGACUCAAGAAGUAGACUCCAAGUCUAAACCAGUAUACCAAGGGCAUAAAAACAUGGGAAUGAUUGAUGAAGAGUCGGAUGAGGAUGAUGAUUAUCAAGUUCCUGAAGCUGAUCUAGAGGAAGACCCGAACAAAUUUGACAAUGAUGCUAAGUGCACAGAUGAGCCACCAGAAAAAAUUGAUCUAUCUUGCUUUUCGGGGAUUCUUCACCAUGAUGUCGAGGAGAAAAGCCGCAACUGUUGGACAGUGCCCGAUAGCAAGAUCUUUAAAGUUCGUAGCAAGAACUUCCCACAUGACAAAUCAAAGAUACCUGCAGCGAGUUAUCUGAUGGAACUAGCAGCAAUCGACUGGUUUAAGGACACAAAGCGUAUGGAUAAUGUUGCCAGGCAGAAAGGUUGUGUUGCUCAGGUUGCUGCUGAGAAAGGGAUGCAUACAUUUGUUGUCAACAUACAGAUUCCUGGAUCAACUCAGUACAGCCUGGUCAUGUAUUUUGUGACAAGCUCCCUGAAGAAGGGAUCGUUACUACAGCGUUUCUUUGACGGCGAUGAUGAGUUCCGCAACAGCAGACUGAAGCUGAUACCAUCCGUUCCCAAGGGCUCUUGGAUAGUGCGGCAGAGUGUUGGCAGCACCCCUUGUUUGUUGGGAAAGGCUGUAGAUUGCAGCUAUUUCCGUGGUCAUGGAUACUUGGAGGUGGACGUUGACAUUGGAUCUUCGGCGGUAGCAAACGGAGUUCUGGGCCUCGUCUUCGGUGUGGUCACAACAUUAGUAGUUGACAUGGCCUUCCUAAUACAGGCCAACACAUACGAGGAGCUCCCGGAGCAGGUGAUCGGCGCAGCUCGGUUGGCUCACGUGGAACCGGCCACUGCAGUGGUUCCUGACCUGGAGAACGCAGCGAGUGAGAGUGGCAACAAUGACGACAGCAACAACAAUGCUUCCUCAGAGGAUGAUGUGUCCAAGAAAACGAAUUGAUUGGAUUUGUCCUUCCUAACCUUACUUGUACUGCUUACUGAGUGUUCGUUUCCUUUUAGUACAUAUCUAUAGUAGUGUCUUCAGUUGCAAUUCAAGUUCAGAUUUGGCUAGCUAGCAAACAAUGGUGAUGGUGUGCUUGGCCAGAGAGUCGUUGUUUAUAUGUCAAAAAGAAAAUGAUUCUCCAUCUUCCAC